GUGUUUUUGUGUUAGCGUUUAGUAGACUUGCUUUGCCUGAUGCCUCAUGCGUUUUCUUUCGUACCGUGUUAUCAUAAAAGUGAAGCUUCACUUUUUGUGCCAAAAAUGUUAACUUGUUAAUUAAUUGACCAUUUCAUAGCAAUAAAUAGUAGCCUAACCAAUUAAUUAAGAUAUGUAUACGUAAGUGAUGUUAGAAUAACCUACGAAUUUAGGAAGGCUACAGUUGUUGUUUGGAUACCAGAGUUUGUCAGCUGCCUUGUUGAAGUUUUGUUAGUCUACUAUUUAUGACUAAAGUCAUCGUAACAUAUCGUAUUAAACUCCAAUUUCGUAGCCAAGAAGUAAAACCUGGCCAUAAACUAGGCUAUAGAUUAAAUAGGCCUAGGUUAAUAAAUCUAUUGACAGAAUCAAAACUUCAUUUGAGCAAUAAUCCAGUACGCUUUACACAUCCUACCACUUAUCUCCAGAGAUGACUUCUGAUGCAGGGGAUAGUGAAUCGGAUAUGAACUACAGUGAUGACGAAGAUGGUGAAAUAAGUUACAAUGACUAUUACAACAUGGGAUACUAUAACGGGGAGGACUGUGACAUUGAACAAGAGGAUAUGUGCAAAACAGAUCCUGAGUUCUUUGCUUACGAGUGUCUUAGUGUGGAAGAGGUCGAGAGGUUGCUCAAUGAGUCUGUAGAAACACUAAGCACUAGUCUUCAGAUAACACCCUCGCUAGCCAAAAUCCUGUUGCACACACACGAGUGGGCUAUUACUACUAUCAUCAGUGAGUACCGAUCAGAUGCUUCUCGUCUCCUUGUUACGUCCAAGAUCAAGCCUCCGACCCAGCCUGAACCUGUGUCCAAUCACGGGUCUCGUAUUCCGUGUCCCGUCUGCAUAGUUCCCAACUAUCCUGACAUGUUCUUCAGUCUUGCUUGCGGCCACCCCUUCUGUUGUCAAUGUUGGGUCAUGCACUUUGAGGUGCAGAUUUCUCAAGGAGUUUCCACAGGCAUUGCUUGCAUGGCUCAAGACUGUGAAGUUUUGGCCACAGAAGAUUUUGUUCUGCAACUUCUGACCAAGCCUCAACUGAGGGAAAAGUUUCAACAGUUUACGUUUAGAGACUAUGUCAAAUCUCAUCCUCAGUUGCGGUUCUGCCCUGGCCUUAACUGCCAAGUCGUGCUGCGCAGUAAGGAACCCCAGGCCAAAAGAGCCACCUGUUCCUUUUGCAAAACAGUCUUCUGCUUCAAGUGUGGGAUGGACUAUCACGCUCCAACAGAUUGUGCCACAAUCAAGAAAUGGCUGACCAAGUGUGCCGACGACAGUGAAACUGCCAACUAUAUCAGUGCUCAUACCAAAGAUUGUCCACGGUGUCAUAUUUGCAUAGAGAAGAAUGGAGGUUGUAAUCACAUGCAGUGUUACAACUGCAAACAUGACUUCUGUUGGAUGUGUUUAGGAGACUGGAAGUCACAUGGUUCUGAGUACUAUGAAUGUUCACGAUACAAGGAGAAUCCCAACAUUGCCAACGAGUCCAUUCAUGCUCAAGCAAGAGAGGCUCUAAAGAAAUAUCUUCAUUACUAUGAGAGGUGGGAGAACCAUUCAAAAAGUCUGAAACUGGAGGAGCAGACCCUUGAGAAAAUCAAGUCUCGCAUAAAUGUGAAGGUGAUGACAGCGUCUGGCACUUGGAUUGAUUGGCAAUAUCUUAUGGAUGCUGCUACAUUGCUAGCUAAGUGUAGAUACACCCUGCAGUAUACCUACCCCUACGCCUACUACAUGGAACCUGGAUCCCGCAAGGAACUGUUUGAAUAUCAACAAGCCCAGCUUGAGGCAGAAAUUGAAAAUCUCUCUUGGAAAAUAGAACGAGCCGAAUCUACAGAUAGAGGAGACCUAGAGAAUCAGAUAGAUAUUGCAGAGAAAAGAAGAACAACACUACUGAAAGACUUCCUUGAAGUAUGACAUGGUGCACCACCGAUUUCCUUCACAAUACGCUUAUCCAACCUCAUCCCUCCCCCUGUACAGAUUUACCCUUAUUUCCUUUCUCACAAUCAUGUUCCUCCACUUUCUAGAAUUAUCUGUGUAGAAAACAUCCAGGGUAUAUAAAUUACAUGCCUUUGUUAAACUACACGAGGGCCUUGCAUGUUUUUUAAUGGUCCUUUGACAAGAUCAGAAUGAUCAGCGUUGUAAUAGAAAUCAUUUUUUGUUUGAUUAAAAAUCAAUUUUAAUUUUGUUAGAUAUCAAGCUUUAAAGCUGCAAUAGCUAAUUAAGAGUUUUAUUUUUUAAAUAUUUUAUCUUCUUAUAAGUAUCCGUGUUUGGUUGGAUUAUUAUCAUUAGUUAGACAAAACUAUUACUAAGACAUAAUGAUUAAAUGUGUACAUUACAUAAUCAUUAAUAAUAGGCUAAGCCAAUUGUUAAGGGUGAGCAAAGAACUUGGUGACUUAACUUGUUAGAAUAUUGAUAUGAUUUAAAUAUUCAUUUACUAACAGUUUCUGUAUCAACAUCCAGGAUUUAUUAUUUCUAGGUAAAUUGUUCAAACAAACCCCAUUUAGCCUCAAGUUUCAUUUGUUUAAAGAUUAUAAAAAAUCAUAUUCAUUCAUUAGUUAGUUAUUUAUUUGACGUUAAAGACUUAAUUGAUCAUCUAAUUAUCUUAUGUAUGUAUCUUAUGUUGUUAUGUACAAUAAAGCUUUGUCUAUUGUC